AAAUUUGAUAGGAUUACUGAAAUCAAAGUCUUUGCUAGAAGCCAAAUUGAAACUGAAGCACCAAGCUAGUCCAUCUCAACUGAGUGACCCACCACCAAAAGCAUUCACUCAUUAUUCUCUCCACAUCAAAUCAAAAUCAAGUUAGCAAGUAACAUACAAACCCCUCAUCAUCAUCAUCAUCAUCAUCUUCAUCAUCAUAUAUAUAUCUUUCUUGUGCCCCACAUAAAUUUUUGGUUCAACCCUUUGCAAGGAAAAGAUUAGGCCAAUUUCUUGCUUCUUAUUACACUUUAGAGAGAGAAAGAGAGAGAGAGAGAAGGAAUGGAUUAUGGAGGAAAGAUUGGUGGAAGUGAAAGAGGUGGGCCUUGUGGUGCCUGCAAGUUUCUGAGGAGAAAGUGUGUGAAGAGUUGUAUUUUUGCACCAUACUUUGACUCAGACCAAGGAACUGCACAUUUUGCUGCAGUGCACAAGGUGUUUGGUGCAAGCAAUGCCUCUAAGUUACUCAUGAGAAUCCCAGCACACAAGCGUCUUGAUGCUGUUGUUACUCUUUGCUAUGAGGCUUUGGCUAGGGCUAGAGAUCCUGUUUAUGGUUGUGUUGGUCACCUCUUUGCUCUUCAACAACAGGUUAUGAACUUGCAGGCUGAGUUAACCUAUGUUCAAGCCCGUUUGGCCACAAUGCAGCGCAUGCCAAUGGCAGUAGCUCCUCUUCCACACCCUCAAAGUUCAUCACCACAAACUCUUCCUUCCUCAGAUCAUUUGGCAUCAAAUGCUGAAAUGCAGAGUGUCCCAAUUAUGCAGUAUGAUCCUCUUCAACAACAUUCAGCAUCAUUAGAGUUAAGCAGCAUCCUUUUCAAUCAAUCAGAUCAACAACUUGAGGAUAGGGAACUCCAAACUUUGGCUCGAGAAUUUGUCACCAAAUACUUGCCCGGAGUAAGAUUCCAGCAAUCUAACUCUCCCUAAGCAUAACUUUGCUUACCA